AUGCCUCUCACUGCGCUACGUCCCGGCGUUUAUGCGCCAACAAUGACCUUUUUCGAUGCUGAGACGGAAGAGCUCGAUGUCGCCGCCAUUCGCCGCCAUGCGGUGCGCCUAGCCAAGGCCGGACUUGUCGGUCUGGUCACCAUGGGCUCGAACGGCGAGGCUGUGCAUCUCAGCCGUGAAGAGCGCAUGACCGUCACUCGGGAGACCCGAUCUGCUCUUGAUGAAGCCGGCUUCUCCAAUGUGCCCGUCAUUGCUGGGGCCAGCGAGAACAGCAUCCGUGGAACUAUCGAUCUCUGCAAAGAAGUCGCAGCGUCUGGCGGCGAGUACGCUCUGAUCGUGCCUCCCUCCUAUUAUCGCGCCGCCGUCGGCAAUGAUGAGACGCUUUACGAUUACUUCACAGCCGUUGCUGACGGCUCGCCUAUCCCUCUUAUUCUGUACAACUACCCCGGUGCCGUUGCUGGCAUUGAUAUGGAUUCCGAUCUCAUCAUCCGCAUUUCCGAGCACCCUAAUAUCAUCGGCACCAAGUUCACUUGUGCCAAUACCGGCAAGCUGACCCGCGUCGCUACCGCCCUAGGCGCCAUCACCCCUUCCUCUCCCUUGGCCCCGGCCCAACGUGCUGCAACAGUCUCGAAGCCCAAUGCCAAGCACCCAUAUGUUGCUUUCGGUGGUAUUGCCGACUUUGCUUUGCAGACCCUCGUCUCUGGUGGCUCUGCCAUCCUCGCCGGUGGCGCAAAUGUCCUUCCUCGCUUGUGUGUCCGCAUCUUCACUCUUUGGUCUGAGGGCCGCUUCACAGAGGCCAUUGAGGCCCAACAACAACUCAGUGCUGCCGACUGGGUCCUCACAAAGUCUUCUAUUCCUGGUACUAAGGGUGCUAUUCAGUCGUACUACGGCUACGGCGGUUACCCUCGCCGCCCACUCAGCCGUCUUACUGAUGCCCAAUAUCAGGCUGUUGCUGAUAAGAUUAAGUCCGCGAUGGAUGUAGAGUUGAGCUUGCCCGAUGUGGCGUAA